CUAAUACAUACAUUCAGUCCACGGUACAUCAAAGGAAUUCUUGAAUAUUCGGUGGAAAAUACUGGAUUUUCGGCUGCAUGCCCGGUGCUGUUCCAGUUUCUCGUCAAGAUAACUGCUGGUCACAGUAGCGAUAAGAUAGGCUUCCUCUCGGAGACCACAAAAAUUCGCGUCUUCAAUUCGAUAGCGCUCGGUGCUUCCGCGAUGUUUAUGAUAGCGCUGGCUUUUGUGCCUCAGGGUUAUUCUCUAACUGGAGUUAUUUUAUUAACAUUAACAACUUCAAUGUAUGGCUUUAAUGGAGGAGGUUUUAAUAAGUGUGCCACAUUCGUAUCCAGGCAAUACAGCCAAUUUGUUCUUGGACACAUUCAAUUUAUUUGGUGCGCUGUUAUGCUUUUCUCUCCAAUUUUGGUUAGAAUCAUUUCUACUUUUACUGUAUUAUGUCGAGUACAAGCUUCAUUACUUGCUGGCAGCUGA